AUGGUUUUGGGGGAAGCCGUCGGAGUGGUGCAUGCGGCUGGGCGCGUCCCGAUGGGAGGUGGUGGCCCUCAGACAUCUACAGAAACCCUGCCAAAUGGCAGCUGGCAUUCUAGCACGCCCGAACGUGCCAGGAGGCACGGUGGCGGAUGGCGCGCGGAGCACGCCUGCAUUGCACGGUCGCCGGCACUUGGAGGUGUGUUCUUACAGCGGGUCUUUUUUGACGGGAAUAUCGUCGCGAGCUGCACAGAUGAUAUUUCGUGCAGUUUAGAUGUGUUUGCACAUGCCCGCCUUGUCUUGGAUUGCCCCACUCCAGUGUUCUCUUUGCUCAUCGUUCUCCGCAGCUGCGUCGCGUGA